UGUGAAUUAGCAUCAGUUGCCUCUCGAGUUACGAAGCAAAUAAUUGUAAUUUACCUAAGCAAAUAUGGCUUUGCGUUUAGUUGUUGUGUUCAGCGUCUUCUUAGUCAUUGCCCAAUGCUCAUUUCUCCACGGAUCUCUAAGUGAAGCCCACCAGGCGGAUAUUGUUGGGGCUGAAGCGGAGGCUCCCCAGGAAGGAUAUCUUCCCGCUGAGGACGCUGUGGUGCCUCACUCGCACCACCAUGAGCCCUUGUCUGCGGAAGAGGGUCAUCAUCAUCACGGAGGACAAGGACAUCACUACCAGGCUCAGUCCCAUCAUCAUGAGCACGGACCCCAUCAUCACCUGGAAUCACAUCAUCACCUCUCUGAGUCUCACCAUCAUCAUCACUUGUCUGAGUCGCACCAUCUUGUUCAUGGAGCCCCACAUCACCACCAUCAUCAUCUGGAGGCUCCACAUCACGGGAUUCAUGGGGCUCAUGGAGUUCAUCACGUCCACCAUCAUCGCAACUGCCAUGCCAUCCACUGUCCCAGCACCCACAGCCCAACCUAUGCCACCGAUGGACACCUCUGCCAUAAAGUGGAAAACCACUGCGAAUUGGCCAUUUUAAACUGCCUGCGUCGCAAUGAGCUGAAGCCACUUCUGAGGCACAUCAGCCAGCAUGAAUGCCACCAACUGCCAAGAGCUCACAGAUCCCACUAACCCAUCUGGCAGACCUUAAACCUUAACAGAAAAUAGCUGAUCCUCUGACAAUAUACACCAUGAAGUAAUUUUUGUUUGCGUAAAUAACUCAAUGUAAAUAAAUCUCUACCGAAAUGAUA